GAAGGCAGCCUCGCGGUGGCCAGGCUGACGGGGCGCCGCCCCCUCGCCGAGAGGCGGCGGCCGGCCCUGCCCUGCGGCGGUGGGGAAGGUCCUGCCCCGGGUGGCGGCGGGCAGGCAGCACGGAGGGGAGCCGAGCACCCGGGGGCGGGGAGCGCCAGCGCCUGCGGCUCGCCUCUGCCGUUCGUUCUCCCGCCCCUCCGCGGCGCCCCCGGCAGCGGGCGGGGCCCAGCCCCCGCGCCCCCCGGGGCCGCCCCGCGGUUCUCUGGGGGGUCCCCCCGGGCCCUGCCGUGCACCUGGGCGCUUCCCAAACCUUCCGCGCGCCUCGUGCCGUACCCGCCUGCUCCUGCACCACAGACACGAGCUGAGUCUCGAGCCCGGCACGAGCUAACGUUAAGCUAGUUCAGCCGUCUGCUUGAGGAUAGUGCUCUGCUCCAGUCUGGUCCCUGUUACAUUUCGCUGUAAUUCAUGCCCUUUAUAAUGGUUUGCUUGUUAGAGCAGCAUCACCAAAGGCAGCUUUUUCAGAGGGAGCGUUGUGGGUUGCACAGAACUUAGGCUGAUGCAAUCUGGAUGGUUGAACCAUGAAGUUCACUCCUGGGGUGAUGUGUGUGCCGGUUGCUCGCCUAGGUUAGAAGAGUGAUUAUACAAGGUCACUGAACAGAAAUAUACUGAGGGUGUGUUUUAAACACCAAGAUACAACUUCAGGCUCAAGCUAUUUCUGUUCUACUUAUAACAGGAAGCUGGAAAAAUAUCAUUGUAUGUUUGCCCUGCUGCUAUUAUUUUUCCCUGGGCUGUUAUUAACUAGCCUGUUAGAUACAGAGCGUUGGGCUGCUCUGGCCACAGGUCGGUGCUGAGACAGCCGUCCCCAUGCUCUGUGGCAGGGUUGCGGCAUGCUCAGAGCACACACCAUCGCCUUUUGUGGAACGAACAUCUUCAAGUGAUCUCUAACAGCUGAAGGUGCUGCCCUGGCAAAACCAACAUAUAUUUAUGUCUUUUAAUAGGGGGACACUGGUUGAGUGAUGAUGAAAUCUAGUUCUGUCUGGCGUGGAUUUUUAUUUUAUUUUUUUUCCAUUGUCUGUUUCAGAUAUUUAAACUGAAACAUCUCAUAACUGUUCUCAGAUCCAAAGCUACAAAAUACUUGGUUUGUAAUGGGCAGCCGAGCUCCUUGAACGACUUUUCUUUGGGAUGGGAGGUCAUCUGGUAAUGGAAGAAAAUGGAGUUGACCAUGAUGUUGCUAUGGAAAGAUCUAAUGUUUUGUUUGUAGGCAACUGCAAUGGUACAGGGCAGUUGGAAACAAACGAUCAGGUUUUUCAGCGUUUAACCUGCAUGGAUUCCAAGGAUCCGUUGUUUGGACAGAGCGACUCUCCCACAGCCUUGCCUAUCACAGUACGCCUUUUGGGUAGUUCUCCAUCAUUGGCUGCACCUGCACGGCCACCCCAGCCUCAGCCUCUCUCCACAGAGGAGUUCCACCUGGUAGACCAAAACGGGCAGCCUCUCUAUGAGCUGCAGCCCCUAGGAGGGCCCAGCGCGCAGAUGAUGAUUGUUGCCAGCCAGUCAGAAAAUGGCCAGGUGCUGCAUGUCAUUCCUUCUGCCCAGCCAGGAGUGGCCCAAGUGAUUAUUCCUCAAGGUCAGCUUCUGGAUGUGACCAGCACUCAGGAUGUUUCAGAUGAGAAGUGUGGUGAUGGGAACUUGCAGACUGUGGCAAUGGCUGCUCUAGCAGACAGUGCAAGCAGUUAUAUUCUACAUCCACAGGCGUCUCUCACUGUAUCAAAAAAAACAACCACCAGGAUGUUGGAAGACCCCUUUCCCAUCCCUCUCCAGCAAUUGCCACCAAACACACCUGCAUGGGCACGCCGUCUCAGGAACUGUGAGAAAAUUGGGGACUCAUACCGCGGCUAUUGUGUGAGCGAGACAGAAUUAGAGAGUGUUCUAACGCUACACAAGCAGCAAACACAAAGUGUGUGGGGGACGCGCCAGUCUCCAAGCCCAGCCAAACCCGCCACACGGUUGAUGUGGAAAUCUCAGUAUGUCCCAUAUGAUGGGAUCCCCUUUGUCAAUGCAGGAAGCAGAGCCAUUGUAAUGGAGUGCCAGUAUGGACCAAGAAGGAAAGGGUUCCAGCCCAAAAAAGCCAGUGAACCUGAAAGGAUUUCUGUCCAUCUGUACAAAGCCACUUGUCCGGCAAGGAUCUAUAUUAAAAAGGUUCAAAAGUUUCCGGAGUACAGAGUUCCUACUGACCCUAAAAUUGACAAGAAAAUCAUAAGAAUGGAGCAGGAGAAAGCAUUCAACAUGCUCAAGAAGAACUUGAUAGAUGCUGGUGGUGUCCUCAGGUGGUAUGUACAGUUACCCACUCAGCAAGCCCACCAAUAUCAUGAAAUAGAAACUUCCUGCCUCCCUUCUUCACCCUCCCAUUUUUCUGCAUCUUCUCCUGAGGAGGAGGAGGAAGUUGCUAGAGAUGAGAACUGUACUCUGCCUUCCCGACUUCAUCCUCAAGUGGCAGACAAGAUCAGAGAACUGGUGUCUCAGGGAAUAGAGCAAGUCUAUGCAGUGAGGAAACAACUGAGAAAGUAUGUGGAAAGAGAAUUAUUCAAGCCUGAUGAAGUGCCAGAGAGGCAUAAUCUAUCCUUCUUCCCCACUGUGAACGACAUCAAGAACCACAUUCAUGAAGUGCAGAAGUCCCUGAGAAAUGGCGAGGUGGUGUAUAAUUCAGAAAGCAUUCCAGCGACAUUGCAGUGGACCACAGACAGUGGGAACGUUCUCACAGAAACAGUGACUGUUACUUUUGCCUCACCAACUUCAGCUGGGAGCUCACCAGCGGAGUCGGUCGUCACCAAAGGAGAAUCCAACCAGAGUGGGGAGUCCUUGCUACCAGAAACAGCUCAGCUGUUGUCUUCACUAUCUUCACUUCAGCCCAAGAUAUUUGCACAACUUCAGGGAUUACAGCUGCAGUCAACUUUUACCUCCACAAAUGAAUCAACAGCCCUGAUAGCUGUAAAUAACCAUUCCCCUCCCAGCUCUGCAAGUCUCUUGGAUUCCACAGGGAGUGCAAUAACAAACCAUUCUCUAGUACUUGGUCAGGGGCACAGUCUGCAAGCAGGUGCUGGCCUGGCACAGCAUAGUGCUGCUGACUCUGCUUAUGGGACUCCACCUGGCUCUAAUCAGAGUCUGGUCACCAUGGGCCAGCUGGUAGCAGUUGAAGGGGUAGAUGAUUCCAGAAGCCUAGAGGGAGGAGUCCAGCAAAUUCUUUUGGGAGGUGUACAGACUAUUCCAGUACGGAUUGUGGACAGUCAUCCUGUGCUUACUGAAGAAAAUACAGAGGGUGUUAUCUGUGUAAGCCACGUUAAAGAAGAGCCAAGAGAAAAAGCAUUAUCCAUGGAGCCAGACAAAAUCAGAGACUGCCAGAGAUCCUCUUCUAUUUAAAUCUGUGAAGGCUGUAAAGGAUUUUUCAAAGCAGAGGAUUCUAAGUGUCUUGGAAGGAAAGGCAGGUACUCUAAGUAAUGCCAUUCUUUUAAAUGGUAUUGUGACGUUCAGACUGGGCAUAUUAUACACUAGUUCUGACAGACAGCUGUUUUGAUAUACAAUUGAUGUGACUCACUGCCAAUUCCAGGUCAUCCAGUUACCAUGUGGAACACCAGCUCUUUUAUUUCAUAUUUUGAGUAGUUUGGACACUAUCCACAUGGCCCAUUUUGGUCAGCAUUUCUGAAGGUCUUCCAUAAUUAGUUUUAGAAUAUGGAUUAAAAUGCUGGGUUUGCUUUUCUCCUUGAGACCCUCGACUAUUACAGCACUACAGAGACCAUAAAAUCUGCCAGCUUCCAGACCACAGAAUCCAACAGCAAAGUGUAUCAAUGCAUCAAUAGUUUUGUGACAAAAUGAAGGCCGAAGAUGGUACAUUUCAAAGUGAUGAAGGACACGGAUAUUUAAGAAAAGCGACUUUGACCCGAUCGUAAUGUUAAUGAUGUGAAGAUCCAAGAAGAGGAGAAAGGUGAGGUUGCCAGGUGAACUUAGCUGUAUGAUGAAGAAAAGUCUGAAUAGUAACAGUGAAUGUUUUCAACUUUGAUAUCUUUAAACUUAUGUUCUAGCUUUAUAAUGAGAUUUGUCAGCACUUGCAGCGGUACUGUAACAACAGUUGGUCAUAACAUCUAAAAGCAGGAGUCUUGUAGAAAAUGAUUGAUGCUGCAGUUUCAGCUUCUCUACCUUUUGCUUUAUUCUUUUAAGCUAUCAGCUCACAUAAAUAUGACUUAACCUGCUGCUAUUCAUGAUAUAAGACUUACAGAUGCUUUACUAACAGAGAGGCCCAAGAAAACAAAGCAAGUAAUAAUGUAAAUCUAAGCAAUAGAUGUUGUCACUAUAACAUUCAGAAAACAAUCUUGUCUUUUUCAGUAGCAGCAGUUCUAGGACUGAAGUGGUCUGUAUUACUUAAAUAAUUACCAGGAAUCUUUAAAAAGUUGAAUAUGGUCAAGAAACAGCUUUUAGCAACACUUAAGUCAAAGCCAUAAUAAGUGACAAGGACUGAAUUUUGUAAUCUGUGAUAGACAUGCUUUUUCAAAAAAAAAAAAAUAAUAAUUGGAAUCCAUUUAAAGCAAUAAAAGAAAUGAAACUGAUGCCAACAUAGGUAUCAAGUCAAACAAUGAUACUGUUUUUAUCAGCUGUUGAAUUUUUAGAGCAGCGUCCGUAGUACAGUAACACCAGUGUUACUAAGUACUACUAAGUACUUGAGAACUUGGUCAUAGAAUUUGAUAUUUUUCUGCAUGAUGUACAAGAAUGCAACUGGAGGAUUUUCUCUUGUCCACUCUAAAAAUGAAAAAAAGAGGAAAAAGAUGGGUUGAUUUAUGUAUAGAGAAAGUGUUAGGGAUAUUAUAUGAACUUAAUCCUUAACAUUUUUAAAUGGCUACAUUUAUUAAUAUGCAUGCAAGACAUUCACAAAUCUUAUUUAAAUAGUGACUAUUUAAUAUUAAUUUUUAUUUUCCUUUUGCAUAUUUAAAGUGAAAACUUUCAAAAGUCGCAUUGAAAUUGGGUUCCUAAUACAUUGAAAUUGGGUUCCUAAUACCUUUGUAAGCAGUACCUGUUAGGUAGGUGCUUAAUCUUACCUUAAAAUAUAUUAGCUUCUAUGAGGUUAACUGUUACUGUUAAUGCUAUUCAUUAUUCAUAUUACUGUUAAUGCUGUUCAUUUCAAGGCUAAUGUGUACUGGUUAGCUUAAAUCAGAACUUUCCAACAGAUCAUGCUCUUAUUUAAUAAGAGCCGGUAUAUGCAAGUGGGUAGAGAAUCUUCCGUUCUUUGGAGUCUCUCACACUUGUUUCUACACUGACUUGUUUUGUGGUGUGACUUACUCGUUUCUGGGUAGGUAAAUCCCACAAGGCUCACUCUUUUGUAUUUUUGUUGUUGUUAAUUGUAAACCUAUGUUCAGAAUGGAUGUUCUCUGCUGCAGUCAUAGUUCUGGUGUACACGGGCAGUGGUCAUUUUUUUUAUUUUCAAAUUUAGUAAUUAUAUACCAUUAUGGAUUCCUCCUUCUACACUGCUAUAUUCAGUGAUUCCAUCACCUUCUGUUUUUCAUAAACUAAGGCAUUCCAAUUUAUCAUCUUUCUCAAUAUUACCUUUUUUUUUUUUGAAGAAUUGUUCCUCAUUUUUUCAGAAUGCUUAUUCUUGAAAUAAUCUGGCAGCUAAUGAUGACCAGCAAUAGAUAGUUUCAGUUCUAGUUUUCUUUAAAGAAGACAAUAGAUUUGUGGCUGGUAUAAAAACUUAAGGAAAGAGAAUUUACAUUUCCAUCAGUUCAUCAUUCAUCAUCAAUUCAUCAGCAGCUCAUUAACAGAUCUGUUAUUUAACAGUCACUGUUCUUCCCACCAUUAGCUACAGUCUAAUCUUGUGCUGAACAAUAUUUCUGAAGGUAGUUCUGGUUUUUGUUUAGUGCUCACAAGUGGAGGAAAUCUUUUAGUCUGUUUUGAGUUACAGGCAAUUUAAUUAAUGUUAGAAGCUAGCCUAAUUUGCCUGGUACCCUGAAAACAACAGAAUGAAAAGUUGGGAGAAAUUUGAAGAUGAUGAAAAGACUUAACUGUUCUUAAAAGCUGGGUAGAGUUGUAGUUCUGUUCAUAGAAAAAUUUUAUUUGAAAUGCUUCUUCAGACAAUACUGACUUUUUUUUUCCAGUUUCCUUCAUUUUCACCGAAUUCCAGUUCUUUAUCAUCUAAAUACAUAUUCCAGUUUAUUACCGUGUUGUCUUUUAAGUUAGUAUUGUUUCCUCUUUGAAGACUAUGUUUACAUUUGCUUUGUGUGUGUUUCUAAUUGGGAGCGUUGACUGAUCACUCAUGUCCAGCAUCUGUAUUCAGAUUAACGUCUUAGUUCACUAAUGUCCACUUAAAGUUUACAGAAAAACUCUCACAUAUUUGGGAAAAAAAAUUACUUAUAAACAAUACCACUUUCAAUGCACUUAAAUUUGUUUGACUUGAAUGCUUAAGGUUGAUAUUUUUUCUGAGAAAACUAUGUAGCUUGGUUCAAAGUAGUUAAUUAUGACAUUGUGUUGGAUUUGCAGAUGUUUUUCUGAUGUUUUCUUUAUCUUCUUGUUGUCAUGUUCAAGCGUUCAUUUUGCAAACCUAGAAAUCGUGAGCUUCCACAGCACUGUAAACGAACAAAUUAUUCUCCAAUCUAUUCUCAUUGUUGGUUAUCCAUACGAGUGAUUGGUUGACUUGACAAGAAAGGCUGUGCUUAUGUAUGUGCAUGCAAAAAAAAAUUUUUUUUUCAAAAACAUAGAGAAGACAGUAAGGCACACAUCUGUAGCUCUUAUUCAAGGCUAGCAGCCUCUUGGAUGAAAACCAGUGGUGUCAAUGAGUCCUUUUUGCACUGCUCAAAAACCCAAACUUGGUCAUGUGGUAUGAAGAUUGUUGCAGCUUGUGCAGAAUUUAGAGAUGUAAAUGUUUGUAUAUGUAUGUGUAUAUUAUAUAUUUAUAUAGUAAUUUAAUGUACAGUAUUCCUAUUCAAAUGUAAACUACUUUCUAUUUUAAAGAAAUGAUCUAUGUUGUGGUUAUGGGGACUUGUGGGGAGAAAUACAAGAGCUCCUUGAAAGCAGUGGUUGCUGGGGCAGAAGGAGAACAAGUAGGAUGAGUCCAGGGAGUCUAGGUGGAAGAAGGUCCUGAAAGUGUGAAAGAUGAGUGCUCUGUGGGGAGGGUUGGAGAAGACUGUUCUGGGGGAGGUUCUAGGCCCUGUAAAGGGGUUGCAAGACCAUCACAAAGACUCAGCUCAGUUCUAGUAUGAGACAGUAGUGGAUAGGGUGAGAUCAUGGUGGAAAUUUACAUGUAUGGAAGAAGAGGAAAGCCUGUCCUGCCCUCAAAACCAACAGAGCCACUCAAGUUUUGGAGAGUACCAAAGGCAACUCAAUGUCUUCCACUAGUCAGAGACACCCGUCUUUAUCUUCUAAUGGCAUGAAGAAGCUCCUCUUAGAGCUGCAACCCAGGAGUGUAGCCUCUCUUUCUUUACAUGUUACCAAGGAAAACACCUCUUCUUCUCAACUGAAUUAACUUGCUGCUCCAGUCAUUCUUCUGACUUCAGCUCUGUCUACCUGAAGCACACUCAGUCUCCAGCCAAGUCUCUUCCAUCAAACUUGUUAGAGCUUCCAUGCAAGUCCUUUGCCCUCAGGCCCUCUGAUACUUAGUGUUUCACUGUUAUAUUCUUGAAAGCAGCGAGUUCACUGCACAAGUAAAUACUGGUGAGAUUUGCUUCUGUCAGUUUUUCUCUGUCUCCCCUGGAUCGUAAGUCCAUAAGUUCCUUUAAUUAAUGUUUUUCUUUGCUUUGUUUGUGACUUGUCCAUACUUGGAUGACAAUCAGGGAGCCACAUUUCACAGGACAAUUGUUACUUGAGAAAACAAGGGGAUAAGGAUAAUACCUGCCUGCUGUUAGGGCUUUAUAUUGCUAAACUGACCUCUUUCUUUUCAUGCCACUUGAGUUCCCGAUUCUGUUUGUGGAUAGUAGCUGGCUGUUAAAUUGUCUGUAUGUUGGCAAAUUUACAAUUUAUUCCCUUAAGCCUAUUCAAACAGAUAUGUUCUAAGAUUAGAUACAAAGAAUGUGUUCUGUUAGGGACAGAAAGUGUGGUGUAGCUGAGGAUGAGGGUUUGAAAAGCCACCACUCUUCAUGGAUCUCUGAUGAGGAGAUCCUCCUUGAUCUGCCUUUCCCUUCCAAACAAAGCUUUCUUGGGAUUAAACUUUAGAGCCUAUCCCAUCUGCAAUGAUGUGAUAAGUACACCUCAUUAACGGAUGAAAAACAUUGUGUAAAACAGGCUGUGUUGGUUUUUUAGGUCAGAAGCUAUCCAGCAGGUCUAUCCAGCAAGCAACAGCUAAGGUAUGAAAUGGGGGGAGAAAGGCAGAAAUCCCUUCAUGUGGCAGGAAGUGUGGGUGGGUUUGUUUUCUUUUCCAGCCUAAGAUAUUACAUCUUACUAUCUCCUUCCAUUUCUAACCAAUGUGAUAAAUGAUAUGUUUAUUUUCUGAAGUGGUUUGAUGUGAUUUCUGAGAAGUCUUCAAAGGAAUGAUCGUAAACGCUUGGAAGAUUUCUGAGGACAAAUACUGAGUGUCCUUUUCCAAAGGGAUCUUGCAAAGGACAUAAACAUCAUGAAGAAAGUGUGUAAGGUCUUAUGGGAGGACAUGCAGGAAUGAAAUGAAGAGUAAAGGUUGACAACACAAUUUCUAUAAAGCUUUUAUUCUUCAAAAGCAAAAAAGAUUUUUGACAUAGAGUAAAAGUCAAUCUCUUCAACAAGUAUUAAAAUUGCUAUCUCACUUUGCUCUACUUGACGACAUACUUAGUGCCUGGACAGGUCUCAAUGUUAUGAGUAUCUACCAAAAUGUUAAUGAAUAGUCAUCCAUGCAUUGCUGUCUUUGCAUGGUAUAUUGACACUGUAGGCCAGCGGUGCCUCCUGAUCUUUGUACUGUGAGUGUUCAUUUCCUUAAAGUAAAUGUUUUGUAAGGUAAAUGUUUUGUAAAGUAAAUGUUUUGCAAGUGGUGAGUUUUGGUCUAAAGGCCUCUCAGAUGUAUGCUUUUUACAGAGUAAGUGGUAACUUAGUGUGUAAUGUCCUAGUUCUGCAAAAAUUUCUUACGAAGGAAUGUUAGUAUAUCCUUCUAACCCUUCUAACAUUAAAAAAAAAAAAAAAAAGCCUUUUACAUUUUUUUGCUCUCUUUGUCCAGAACCAGAAACACUCCAAACUGUCCUUUGACACCUACAUCUUCAGACCCUCAAAGGUCUGUCAAUUCUGUUCAUCUGUAGGUGGUCUUCCAACACUGUGUUUGCAAAUCACUAUGUACCACCUCUCCCAUAACAUGAAGGCAAUUCCUUUUCAUUUGCAUUAUCUGACCUGGUCACUUAACAGCAUGGUAAUGACAACAUCUGCAAACCAUAGUUUAUGAACAACUGAGUCAUGUCAAGUCUAGAGAUACGUAAAUUGUAAAACAAAUUUUGUGUGUGGAAUUUGUGUUGGAUUAGUGAAACCAAUGGCAUCAAAAAUGGUCAGGUCUCAAGAACUGAGGAAGCUUUCCUCUGUGGCUUUGGUCAUUCUAAUCUGUGCUCUAACUAAGCUACUGAUUCAUUCUGAGGCUGUGCACAUUUGUCCAGCAGUAUUUCUUGAGCAGAAGAAAAAAAAAAACUUUUUUUUAAAGCUCCCAAGAAGUGUUGGCUGCAUUUGUGUUCUCACUGGUGGCAAAGUUCCUCACUUUUUUCUCCUCAAGGAUGGCUUGUAGAAUUCUGCUUUCCACCAUGAAGAUGGAAGUCUUCCCAUAUGAAAACUUGAUGGACUGUGUCCAUGAUCUGAGUGAACUGGCAGCACUUAGAACAGACACCCUCAAGCAUGAUCUAUUUAAGCUGUGUUAGGAAUGGGAGCUGGGAGAAGGAAUAAGCAACUUAAAAAUGUAAUGGUAAAAGCAGGCAUGCUCCUCACAGCUACCCCCCCCUUUUUUUUUUUUUAAACAACUUGAUAAAAAUCACCAGUUAGCAGCGGGAGGAAAAGAAAUCUCAAUUGCCUUAACCACCUCCCACCCCAAAAAACAAAAACUAACCAAACAACCAAAAAACAUGUAGUAUAACAAAGGUUUUGGGAACUAGGCACAAAUGUGGCCUAGAAAUUCUUUUGUCAUAGAUCUGAGUGUCCAGUGUUUACUUCCUAAAGAAACUUGGUAAGAAUUCCAUUGUACUUGAAUGGGGCACUGCUCUUUCAGGGAUAAAUGUAACAAUUUAUCAGAUAUUUCUUUUAAAGAUGAAAUGAAAUGGAAAGGAGAAUUGAGAAUUAAUUAUGUUUUGUAAAGAUAAUACUCUUCAGUUUUCUGAAGUGUGCAGGUGCUUCCUCCUUGGCUUCUGCUUUUAGCUCUUAUUUCACUGGGUGUUGGAUGUUUUCUUAGGAUCGCUUACCUCUGAGAGUACUCCAGCUAAAACCAGCAAGAGAUCAGAAUGGAGAACAGAAGAGGAAGUGAAGUUUGUGUGAAGCUGCUUCCAGGAGAUUAGAAAGCUAUCAAAGUUGCAGCUCAAGAUUGCAGUUUCUUCUGGCUGAAGUGGUUCACUUUGAAUGUGUGCUAGUUAUCUUCUGAAUGCAAACUGGUAUAACAACAGUUCUUGGUUGUUGACAAAGCUGCUACCACACCUGAGGUUUUGUACCUGGAAGGAGAUGGAGGUUCAAGCGUGGAGGAGUUGUUCUGAGGAAAGGAUGCUGCAGCAGUACUUUCUACUUCAUUUACUUUGGUAGUGUUGCUCUUGCAAGUGAUGAGGGUGGUAGCAGCAUCUUCACAGCAUUAUAUCUAGCUGUGCUUCUGAAGGGGAUAAAGUUAGAGAGAGCAUUUUCCUGUUGCGGUCAGAAGGGAACUUCCUUAGAAAAAGAUUCUCUGUUAAAAUGAACAUGGCAAAUCAUUAGAGCUGUUUGUAUGGAGGACACAAAACUAUUUGUGGUGGACCAAGAAGACUUCUUAGCUAAUAAAUUAGAGGAAGAGCUUCAAAAAGGAUUGCGCUGUCAUUGUAACUUCAUCAAGUAAUUUCUUCCAAUGAUAUCACUCACUUUUGACUACUGUUUUACUGUUUAGUUAUUGUAUAAUAUAUUUCAUAAAUUUUCUUGGCUAUGUAAAGGCCGUAGAUGAAAUGCAUAUAAUGAUUCUCUUGUCUCCUGAGGUUCUGUCAAAGAGAGAGGAAUUCCCCGUUUUGCAGUUGUCAGGAUCAGCCAUGAGUACUUAUCCACCAGCUCCUCUUGAAGGACACAUGAUUGUACAUGUUCCCCAACUACCAAAAGUCUUUUGUGCUGAAAUACUCCAUAAGCUUCUGAACUUGGUUCAGGCAAAAUGAAUUUGCUUGGAGUGCUAUAGUUGGGGUCAUGAAAAUGUGGCACCUUUCAUUUAAAAAACUACUACGAAGACUACCCUGGAACCAAAUUUGUCAUCCUCAGAAGCCACAACCUAGGGUUUAUCAGUUGCAACAGUAAAACGAUCAAUGUUUUUGUUGUGAAAUUGUUUUGUUGUUUGUUUUUUGUUUUUUUUUUUCAGCAAGCUCAAUCUAUGAAAAAAGUGUCUCUACUACUUCUCUUUCAGAUAUGUGAACUUCUUUGCAAAAUGAUCUGAGGUAUUACUAGUGAGAUUAGCUAACAGCUGCAAAAUGGAACAGUUUUGCUGUGGAUAGGUGAUUAAAAAAAAUCACAGUCGAUCAGCAUAAUACUUAUUAGUAAGGUAAGGUCUUUCAGACAUUGACCAAAGGCUGAUACUUUUGGUGAUAAUGCAUUUAUUCUGAGCUUGCAAACAGAAGUAGUGAUUAUAAGCCAUUGCAGAAAGAACUGGUAAAUAAAGUACUUUAUAAAAUACCA